AUGAAGUACAUCAACGCACUGCCCAUUGUUGCUGGCCUGGCCGCCGCCCAGAUGCAGGUCAUGAGUCUUGCGCCGGCGGCUGCAAGCGGACCAGCUACACAUACUGUUGUUGUCGGUGGCCUGACACCCGUCGCAACCGGCAUGGCUCCCGUCCUCGGAUACAGACCGGAAUCCAUCACUGCCAACGUAGGCGACGUCGUCGAAUUUCAGUUCAUGCAGAAGAACCACACAGCCACGCAGUCCACCUUCGCCGAGCCCUGCAAAGCCAUGGAUGGCGGCAAGGACUCGGGCUUCAUGCCCAACCCCGAGGGCAAGGCAGGCGUGACGUGGAACAUGACUGUCGAGACUACUGAUGCGAUAUGGAUGUACUGCAAACAAGCCCAAGGCGAACACUGCGGCAAAGGCAUGGUGUUCAGCAUCAACGCCAAACUCGACGGCGACAAGACAAUGGCGCAGUUCAAACAACUCGCUAUCAAAUCCAACGGCACCACACUCAAGGACUCGGCCAUCCAGUCUGUCGACCCCGCUGCCGCCGCCGCUCCCUCCACGGUGACAGUGCAGGCUGGUGGCGCCGUGGCUACGGCGUCAGGCAGCGGUGCACUGGCCAGCGCGACGGUUGUUGCCGGGCAGGGAACGGAUGGUGCGGGCCAGACUUGCACGUGCAGUUGCUUGUGCGGAAUGAAUUCUUUCCCGGCGAGUGCGGCGGUUAACAACUUUGGUGGGUUUGCUGGCAUGAUCGCAUAA